AGCCAGUUUGACCAGCCCCCCUGCUUUCCUCUUCACAAUAGAGAAACAGUACCAAGGGAGAGGAGAGAACUCCUCGCAGGAGAACGUAGUAGCCAUGGGAAGACUCAGAGCCAAAGGCGACUACGAAAGCCUCCGACAUGCCCGAAUCUUGGAGAACAAGGCCCGGCUGGAAUCUCUCGGCCUAAACCGAAGUGCGAGAGAGCUUCAAACAAUAAUUUCUCAAUCCAUCAAGGGUAGUACUGCAUUAAAAAGGACUCGAAAAGCCCAAAAUCUCGAGGCCACUCCCCUUCGUCGCUCAGACCGUCUGAAGGGAAAAUCCGGGACCCCAAAUGUCUCAUCUCCCCAAGCUUCAGCCGACGGGGAAGGAGCCAUUUCGAAUCCAGUUCGAAGGAGACUAUUUACGAGUCGCUGCGGAAGUAAAGGGAGGGGAAGUAUUCAUGACCCUGUUUUGGGGAUCUGUUGCCAUUUCUGCAGGCAGAAGAAGUUAUGUGGAGAAGAGGAUUGCAAGAGAUGUGGGGAUGGAGAUAUAAAUCAGCCAUGCAUAGGCAAGACAGAAUGCUCGGUUUGCCAUUCUUCUAAUGGAGUCCUAUGUCGUGCUUGUCUCAAAGUUAGAUAUGGUGAAGAAAUGGAGGAAGUCAGGAUGAAGAAGGAUUGGAUGUGUCCUCACUGCAUCGAAGAGAAAGGAAUCAAUCCAUAUUGGAUAUGUAACAGCUCCCUUUGUUUGACGAAGCGAAAGAUGGUGCCCACCGGAAUUGCUAUUUACCAAGCUCGCAAGCAGGGGUACAAAUCUGUAGCACAUUUUCUCAUGGACAAGCUGAAAUGUAAAGGCAAGUUGAAAGCGAAUGAUGAUGAUGAUGAUGAUGAUUUUAAUGGACAUUGAUAUCCAUAUGUAGGCAAGGCAUCCAAUAUAUAAUGAAUAUCCAGAAAUUUGUCUAGAGAGCAUAACAAGAAAAAGGAGAAAAUUUAGGGAAUUCACUGGUAUAUGGCUGUCUGAACCUCAUCCAUUGAGCUACAGGAGCUUUCCUAACUGGAAAACGAGCAUCUGCUUACUAAUUAGUGAAAUAAUUUGUUGCAUGUAAACUACUCUCACUGUUUUCUUUAUGUAAUGCGAGUAACAUGCCACGCAAGCCAACUAGAAGCCAUCCAUGUACUUGGAUCAUGAAAAAAACACAUUCAAGAUCUCUGGGUGCAUACAUGCCAUGUAGUGUACUGUUAUGCUUCCAUGCUCGUGGUUGCAUGUGGCUUCUGAUGCAGAAUGAAUCGAUGGAGGUAUCUUUGUAGGCU